AUCAUGUUUACCCACUGAAACUCAAAACACAAAAUUGUUUACUUAAAUAAUGAUUUUUACAAUUGUUUAAGUGUUCAAGAUUUUGAUAUAAUGGAUUUUAUUUUAAAAUAUUAAAAUAUAAGAUCAGGUUUGUUAAGCUAUUUUGAAAUAAAAUUUAUAGCAUUAAACAAAAAAGGAGGUAUUCUAAGUAACUUUUAAAUUUCACAUAUAUGUAUAUUACAAAUAUGUAAAUAUAAAAUUAAUAAACUACAUUGUUUUGAAUUACUGAAAGCAAAUGUCCUACAGCUCUCAUUUUUCUGUCUUAUACACCUUCCCCAUCACAUUCAUCUUUAAUUUGGAUUUGUCAGUUGUGUUCUGUCUCCACCUGACAGAAACAACUCAUAUAAUGACUAGUAUGUAUAUUGUGCUUCCUAUGGCCAGUCACUCUUCUGAAUGGUUUGCAUAGAUCUAGUACAGGAAGGACUACUUCUCUGCAGAGAUUACAUAUGAGCUGAGAACUGAAUAAUGAAUGAGCCAAUUAUGUAAAAAGCAAGUAUGGGGGCAGGGGAGGGAUUUCUAGGCAAAGGGAAGAGCCAGAAGAAAGACUCUGAGACUUGUCAAAGAAUGGAAAGAAGCCCAGGGAGAAUCAUAGGAGAUGAAAUCUGAAGGAGAGAAAUAAGCACAACUACAUGGCUUAUGAAGCUGAUGAUACAUUAAUAUAUGUCUUUGAUACAAUUAUAGUUGAAGGGAACCCUGGGGCCAGGUCUUGAAGUAUGCAUUGAGUUCUCCAUGAAGACAAGAGUGUGAAAAUGAAGUGCAUCCUUGGCAGAAAAAGAAGAAUGACUAAAGAGAGGGCCAUGCAUGUCAAGUCCAGGGAUUUGCUGCUGGUUAUUGAGUUUGCCUGGGGCAAGAGGUUCCUUACUUGGGAGACUUGUUAAGAAAUAAGCUUGAAGGCACAGCUCAACUCCUUUGGUGUAACACCAAGGAGGUUGUGCUCUAUCCUAUGGGGACUAAAAUUACAACUCCAUCAAGUUUAUAUGGUAUUCCACCUAAUUCAGUUUGUGUUUGGGGAUAAUUCUGAAGGGUCCUUAUGGUACAGUACUUAACUGCACUUUGUAAAAGAUUAUAGCAGUGCCCAGAUCCACUCAAAACAGUUUUAGUAACAAAUAUUGAAACUAUAUUAAAGAAGGAAGGAAGACCCUUAAAAUGAUCUAAUCUAAAUCCCAUUUUACAACUGAGAAAAUGGAGGUUCAUAGUGAUUUACCUAAAGUUCCAUAUCUGGUAAGGAUAGCAGGUACUAAAACCCUGAUGUCUGAUAUCCCUAGAAGGAUUCUUUCCAAUGCAACAUGAUGCUUGACUUCAAAAGAAAGUGACAAAGUAAAUAUCAAAAAUAACUUUUAAAAAUUAUGACCUAUGUUCAAUUUCAGAGCCUUAGAAAAUGUCCCAGAGAUGCGGUUAGAAUAGAAUAGGGAAGUAGCAGAGUCAGACUGAAAAUAUAAUCUACAACCAAUGUAAUUGGAAUAUGAAUAAUCUGAACUUGAUACUAUAUUUUAUAGGCUUCAACAAUUUUAAUAUAUGCAUAUUCAAAUGUGAUAUUUUAGAGACACUAGCCAGAACCUAGAAAGCUUUUCUGCUCCACUCUUAUGAGAAAAGAACAAACCCUUGCUGGGAAAAUAUUAUUAAUUAAGCCUUAUUACUCAUUCAUUGUGGUGUCUCUUAGCCUUGGAAUAUGUCUGUUCUGUGAGAGGGUUGGAAAAUGCUUUCCUAGGUUUGGCCUUGUGGGUGCCUACAGGAGAUUUCAGAAAUACCUUGCAAACUACAAACUGUCCAAUUUGAAGAAAGUAGUUUCUAAUAUUCAGGGCUGACUAUUUAACAUCUCUACUGAUUUUUUUUACUGGUAACUUUGGGACUUGGAGUUUAUGAAAAGUGAAGCAGUACUUGGGCUGCAGAUGUACCAGGAAGGCCAGGCUGGCUGGAAGCAGAAGAGCGUUGGGGGCGACAGUGUUUGCGGCACUCACAUCUGGGCAGAGGACAUGAGGAAGCAGCGUAAGACAAGAUCUGGACCAUCUACAGAAAUCAUGCAAUUUUCCACCACUAAGAAUGCAGGACCCUUAAAUAUGAGGAUGGAAUUCAUUCCUACUUCUCAACAGGAACUGAAGACAACACUGGCCAAGAGGCAGACAUUAUUGAAAGAACUACUACAACAAGCUUCACCAAAGGAUAUACAUACUACCUUUGAAGAAUUUAAGAAAAAUGGUCUCCAAAGACAAAGUGAAGUAGAAAACAAAAGUCUUUCAGAAUUAAAAAACAUACGCUUAGUUAAACAUUUCCUAAAAAAGAGAGAGGCCCCUUACCUAUUAUCUAAUAAGUGUUGUUAUAUAGGCUGUACCAAAAAAGAGGUGGCUGUCUUCUGCUGAGAUGAAACUAAUGGUGCAUUUCAUGUAAUGUUCACAUGUAUUUGCAAUGACAUUCACUAAUGCCUCUGUUAUCCCACUGAUGAUUAGAAUAUGAGAAAUCAUUAUUAGUGUUUGGAAAUUUAAUUAUGUAAGAAAAUAUUCUUUGCAUUAUUGUAGUUUCUGUUAAUAAAUAUUUUCAUGCUAAAAAGUAUUUUGUCUUUUUUAUAAAUGGAAUUUUGUUAAUUGCUUAUUUAAUGCUGAUAACUUAAAAUGGCAAAAAAAAUCUUUAUCAUUUCAACCACACACAAAUAACUCAACUUAAAAAUGUUUUAACUAGAUAGUAAAACUCUAUGUCUUACAUUAGUAAGAAUGGAUGUCUAUUUUUGAAACUUGUAUUUGAUAACUUAUGAUCUGUCACCCUUUUCCUCAAGAUUUAAUAUCCAAAUUUUCUUUCAUUACUUAAUAUUAAACAAAUUAUUUUAAUAGCAAAAUUAAAAACAAUUCAGUGUACAUAAUGACUAACAGGUCCAUAAAAUAGACAAAUAUU